AUUUUACAGCACAGAGUAGUGUCUUCAAGAGGCAUCAACUCCGCGUCCCGACUGUUAUAUUCUAUCCAGGGCCUUCAUACAAAAACAUCUUCAGGGAGGAUCCAAGUAGGACAAUCCCGACUGUACACGCCUCAAAGAUGCAUGAUAAUCGUCCACACCCGCUUCUAGCACAGGUUCCCUUGACGGUCUCGCCGUUUGUUUCUCUUCCCACCGCCACUACGCUCCCCUAUAUGUACAAGACCAUUCCAUCCACGUUGCCGCCAUCGUCAACCGGGACAUCAUCCUCUUCUAGCGAAGGGAAGCCGCAAUAUGUUGUCUCAUCGUCCGGCCACGCAGCACAUCCCGAUGAGAUAAUUGCAUCAUGUAAAGCACUGCAGGCAUAUAUACAGAAGGUUCAAGAUGAUGCAGAUAGAGAGCUGAAGGCCUGGCAGGAUGCCAUAGAUGCCCGAGAGCUGGCGGAGAAGCGCAGGGUGGCUCCCGGCUGGCUGGAUAGCGAUGCUCGGAUAUUGGAACCCGAAAAGAAAUCUUCCUCGACUGGAGCUGCUGGGGGAUCAGAAAUGUCCCAGAAGAACCUCAUGGAUGCUGGUGUGUCAAGUGCUGAUGCAUCGAGUCUCCAGCAUACGCCGGUUGUGGCUCCGAGUAGAGAGGGCGAUGAAUUAGAUAGAGCUUUUGGAGGGCUCGGACUAAAUAAGUCAUAGCAUAAUAAAAGCAGGUGAAC